UGUCUCAGCUCAGCUGUUGAGAAAGUGAAAGUUUAACUUUAUCAGUAACAGAACAGAAGGAUGGACUAAACGAGGCUCUCUGUCUUCACCCUAAACAGGUUCACAGUUGGUAGCCAUGUUGGUGAGGUGGACCUGGCUAGUUGUUUUUCUGUCCUCCUGUGAUGGAAAAGGAUUGUUCUCAGUGGUGGCUCCUCAGGCUCCAGUCGCAGGCCUGCUUGGAAGUUCUGUGUCUCUGCCCUGCACUCUCUCUCCAACCUUAAAUGCAGUAACCUUUGAAGUGCUCUGGUAUCGUCCUAAUGAGAUUGGCACCCCAGUACUCUCUUAUAAGAACCAGAAGAUCCAAGAGAACCCCAGAGAUCCUCGGUACUGGGGCAGAGUGUCCCUGUCAGGGGGACUGGAGAAAGGAAAUGUGUCUCUGAAACUGGAGAACUUCACACUAGCAGAUAAAGGAUACUACAUAUGCAGAGUGGAGAAGACAGAAGAAUGGUAUGAUGAGGCCACAGUGUCACUCCAGGAGAAAGUUACAGGUUCCCCUCCUGUCCUCUCUGUAGCUGAUGCAGGUGAAGGUCAGAUGAAUGUUUCCUGUCACUCAGAUGGCUGGUCACCAGAACCAUCACUUAGCUGGACAGACAGAGAAGGGCAGGACCUCAAAUACCUCAGCAAAUCAAAGUUCAUCAAAGAUUCUGAAUGGCUGGUGAGUGUGAGCUCUUGGCUGCUGGUCUCUUCCUCUGAGUCUGAGUGGCUCUCCUGCUCUGUGGGUUUUUUCUGAUUCUGAUCCAGAGAGGAAAGAGUGCAGAGUGCAGCCAAAUAACUGUACAGGUGACACACCACAGUGCUUAUUAUAUACAGACAAAUAGAACUGACACAAUACGGCCUCUUACACCAGGAAGCCUAAUUCUGUACUGCAGACAAUUACAUAAAGAGUGCAAAGAAUACAAAGAAUACAUACACACAGCAACCAACGCUACAACGUCAACAGUAAACCAUAAGAUUCAGAGCAUAUUUACCUUUAAAU